AUGGCGGCCCAACCGCCCCCGUCUUCGUCAUCUAGACGGACGAGGACGGGUGAUAAAUCUGUUGGUUCCUUCACAAUAGAAGACGAGAUAGGCAAGGGUAGCUUUGCUACGGUCUACAGAGGCACUCACAAGGCUACCGGAGCUCUCGUUGCCAUCAAGUCAGUCAACCUAGCGAAGCUCAACAAGAAGCUCAAGGAGAACCUCUACUGCGAAAUCGAGAUCCUCAAAGGCCUCCACCAUCCCCACAUCGUUGCCCUGAUCGAUUGCCGAGAGUCAGCGUCCCAUAUACAUUUGGUGAUGGAGUAUUGCGAGCUUGGUGACCUGUCGUAUUUCAUCAAAAAGAGGGAUAAAUUGGCAGACAACCCAGCACUUAGAGACAUGGUUAGAAGAUACCCCAUGCCACCAGCUGGAGGGUUGAACGAGGUCAUAGUCCGGCAUUUUCUCAAACAACUUGCCAGUGCGAUGGAAUUUUUGAGAGACCGGAAUUUCAUCCAUCGAGACGUUAAGCCACAGAACCUACUUAUAUUGCCAUCGCCCCAAUAUAUGGAAAGCGCCAAGGAUCCACCUCUAGUAAUGAGUGCAAGUGAGAAGACCCUGGUCCCCAUUGUUGGUCUUACCUCCUUGCCAAUGCUCAAGAUUGCGGAUUUUGGAUUUGCUCGUUCACUUCCUUCGACCUCUCUUGCUGAAACGUUGUGUGGCUCGCCUCUGUACAUGGCCCCAGAGAUACUACGAUAUGAGAAAUAUGACGCCAAAGCAGAUCUCUGGUCAGUAGGCACAGUAUUAUAUGAAAUGGCAUUUGGGAGACCACCGUUCCGUGCAUCGAAUCACGUUGAGCUUCUUCGCAAAAUCGAGCAAGGGGAGGAUAAGAUCAAAUUCCCCAAGGAAGCAGUUGUAACCUCGGGAAUGAAAGAGUUGAUAAUGUCAUUGUUGAAGCGACAACCCGUAGAGCGAAUCCCCUUUGAAGACUUUUUCAACCACCGUGUUGUUGUCGAACCUAUUCCUGGCUUAGUUGGGGACGAUCGACCAAGUGAGAUCCGGCAAUCGACUAGGUCAGAAGUAGCGUCGAUAGCACGUACCUCAUCGACAAGAAGCAACCGUAAGCCUGCAGUGAGGAGCGAACCUGUUCAGUCUUCAUCCCCUAGGGAACGACCUAUGCCACCAUCGCCUAAAAAUCAAAUUGCAGAACCAGUCCGACAGCUAGCAGGAACUCCUCCGCGUGUCAGUGCUCAGGCUCAAUCAGGCUCUCGGGAACAAAGGCGCCCAGCCAUUGCUGCUGCUGCAACAGCUCCAAAUGCGGAGACUCUUCAGGGUAGCCGGCCUCCUUCACACGCCUUCAAUCCUACAUCGAGGGAUCAGCGAUCAACUGCAUCAAGACAGUCGUCACACGAUGAAGGUCCCAAAGGAGAACGAUUAGGGGGUAACCCUCAAAGCCGAGACGCAAUCGCCGAAGCUGAGCAGGCGGUGCGUGAUGCACGUGAGUAUGUUUUGGUCGAGAGGCGGGCUGUGGAGGUCAAUGCUUUUGCGGAUGAAAUGGCGGCAAGUCCUAACUUGCAGAGCCGUAGAGCUUCCGUCUCUUCCCGACCUGGGGCUGGCCAUGUGACGAGAAGAGCUACAACACAAGGCGUUCCUAUUUCGUCGACGGGGGCGGUUCCAGCGUCGCCUUCGAGGGCAGUUCAGAUUGCGCAGGGGAAGCCACGCCCAGAGGUAGUACCCCAGCAACAGAAUUCAUUUGGGAGGUCAUAUGGGAGCCCUUCAACAACUUCAGCAAUUGCAAAGGCCAUCAGUGGCGCCAGUCUAAGGAUGUUUGGCGUAGCAUGGACCCCUCCGUUGAGCGGCAAAGGAGUCUCACCACCUCAAUUGUAUAGCCCAUUUCCAGCUUACCCAACCUCACAUGGCACUGUUGGCCUAAUUGGAGACGGCAAACCCAUUGGCCCCAUCGAUGAGGACCAGAAGAUUGUUAAUAUAGUCGAGGAAGCCGCCACGAGAAGCGAUGUUGUGUAUGGCUUUGCGGAAGUCAAAUAUAAGCAACUGAUCCCACUAGCACCUUCUAUGGAUCACGGACUCGGAGGCGCUUUGCCUGACAAACCUACUGAUUUUGUUGAUGAGGACGAUGGCCUCACAGUUGAAGCUAUAGUAGCUCUUUCUGAAGAAGCUCUCGUAUUAUACGUCAAAGCUCUCUCACUUCUUGCGAAAUCCAUGGACAUAGCUGGUGCAUGGUGGGCACGGAAAUAUCGAGGCGAAGUGCUCAUUUCCGGUCAGACCAUGAGAUCCGACAGCGCCCCUGGAGCCCGCAUCAACGGCGCCGUACAAUGGGUUCGAAAUCGCUUCAACGAAGUAUUAGAGAAGGCAGAGUUCGUUAGGUUAAAGCUUAUCGAGGCACAGAAGCAGUUACCAGAAGACCAUCCUGGACAUCCCAGUAAUCACACCAGUGCCUCGCGCCUCGCCGGUGCUUCGUCAACAGAUGGUGUUGUUUUGAGUACCGGUGUAUCGGCGGAGAAGCUAAUGUAUGACCGUGCGUUGGAGAUGAGCCGCUCUGCCGCAAUCAACGAAAUCGCCAAUGAGGAUCUUCCCGGCUGCGAGAUCUCUUACAUUACCGCGAUUAGGAUGUUAGAGGCUGUCCUGGAGACGGAUGAAGAUACAAGUCCACCGCAGCGGAAGAGGAGUUCGAGUCUGAUGGGUCAGGAGAGUGUGGCUGGUAACAGCAACGGCUUUUUCAAGGUGGAAGAUGUAGCUUCUGUACAUAAAGUCACAAGCAUGAUCCGCACCCGCCUUGUAACCCUCCGCCGCAAAAUGGCACUGAUAGCCAAACACCAAUCUUUGCCCCCCUCUUCUCCCCGCAGCGGUGGCACUACCCCCACGAUAGCGAAUACCCCACCUAAAUGA